CAAAGUUCUCUGCUUUUGUCUUCGAGAAAAAUAAAGGAUAGAAAAAGGCAACAAAAGAAAAGUUUCAGAAAAUUUCGGUUCUUGAGCUUUCUCUCUCGAGCUAAGCACACACACGAGCGGCUCGAUUCGUCAUUUCACCUUUUUCCUUUUUCUUCCUCUUCCUCCUCUUCUUCUUCUUCUUUCUUCUUUUGCUCAAUUUCAGUUUGUUUUUUUUUUUCUUCACCGAUCGUUUUCUCGAUUUUGACCAUUUUGGUAUCAUUUUGUAAGUUGAAGAACAUCAAGCUGAACUUUUUUUUUCUUCCUUUCGGGAACUUUGAAAAAUUCAACACGGAUUUGAUCUGUUCAAAGUCUCGAUUGAUAUAAAUUAGCAAAAGAGACGCGGUUUAGGGUUUAUGGUUUGACUGAAAUACUGGAAUGGGUUGUGAGGCUUCCAAGUUGUGUGCAUUUUGUUGCGUUUCAGAGCCAGAAGGAUCCAAUCAUGGAGUCACAGGCUUAGAUGAUGAUAGGAGAGGUGAAGGGAAUGAUUUGCCUCAGUUUCGUGAAUUCUCGAUCGAGACGCUAAGGAACGCUACAUCAGGAUUUGCUGCAGAGAAUAUAGUUUCAGAGCAUGGAGAAAAAGCUCCAAAUGUUGUGUACAAAGGCAAAUUGGAUAAUCAAAGACGUAUUGCUGUCAAAAGGUUUAAUAGGAAAGCUUGGCCUGAUUCUCGUCAGUUUCUGGAGGAAGCUAAAGCUGUUGGUCAAUUAAGGAACUACAGAAUGGCAAAUCUGCUUGGAUGUUGCUAUGAAGGUGAAGAGAGACUUCUUGUUGCAGAGUUUAUGCCCAACGAAACCUUGGCCAAGCAUCUUUUCCACUGGGAGUCACAACCGAUGAAGUGGGCGAUGCGACUAAGAGUAGCUUUACAUAUUGCUCAAGCUUUAGAGUAUUGUACCGGCAAAGGACGUGCACUCUACCAUGACCUAAAUGCUUAUAGAGUUCUCUUUGAUGAUGACUCAAAUCCAAGGCUUUCGUGCUUUGGUCUGAUGAAAAAUAGUAGAGAUGGAAAGAGUUAUAGCACCAACCUGGCGUUCACACCUCCUGAGUAUCUCAGAACAGGUCGCGUGACACCAGAAAGUGUGAUGUACAGUUAUGGAACUCUGUUGCUUGAUCUUCUUAGUGGAAAACAUAUUCCUCCAAGCCAUGCUCUGGACCUUAUACGGGACAGGAACAUUCAAAUGUUGAUCGAUUCAUGCUUGGAGGGCCAAUUUUCAAGUGAUGAUGGGACUGAACUAAUACGGUUAGCAUCUAGAUGCUUGCAGUAUGAGCCUCGAGAACGGCCUAACCCAAAAUCUUUAGUCACUGCAAUGAUUCCUCUUCAGAAGGACCUUGAGACUCCUUCACAUCAACUGAUGGGCAUACCAAGCAGUGCCUCAACAACGCCUCUUUCACCACUCGGAGAAGCAUGCUUGAGAACUGAUCUAACGGCUAUACAUGAGAUUGUUGAAAAACUUGGAUAUAAAGAUGAUGAGGGUGCAGCCACAGAGCUUUCGUUCCAGAUGUGGACCAACCAGAUGCAAGAUUCACUGAACUUCAAGAAAAAGGGAGAUGUUGCUUUCCGACAUAAAGACUUCGCCAAUGCCGCUGAAUGCUAUUCUCAGUUCAUAGAGGGCGGGACAAUGGUUUCCCCAACUGUUUAUGCAAGGAGAAGUCUGUGUUACUUAAUGAAUGAGAUGCCCCAAGAGGCAUUGAACGAUGCGAUGCAAGCCCAAGUGAUAUCUCCUGCUUGGCAUAUCGCAUCUUAUCUUCAAGCUGUAGCUCUAUCAGCUCUAGGACAAGAGAACGAAGCUCACGCUGCUCUUAAAGACGGAUCAAUGCUCGAAAGCAAAAGAAAUGCGCUAUGAUGAUGAUACAGAAACAUGAAGAGGAAAGCGAGAGAGGAAACAAGUAGAUUGUUUUGUCUUCUUACAUUACCGAAGUGUCCCCCAUAGGUUUUGCAGUAGAUAGAAGCUACUACACUGUUCUCAUAUCGUGUGCAUCAUCACUGGUCAGUAUCGGGUUUCGCUCUCCUUGUUCCCUUCCCUUUUCUUUUUAUCUUUUCUUUUUAUAAAAAUCAUCACUUGAAGCAUUCAUCAUUUGGUCUACUGCCGCGUAUUGGACUCUGUUUUUGUUUUUUCGGUUACUCAUUACUGGCAUGAACAAAUUCCCUGUUAUACAAAAGAAAAAGUUUCGUACUUUGAUGGAGAUUUGGUCAUAGAUUGGGAACAGUGUGAUUGUGGAUUUGCUUUGAUGAGAGUUCCAUUAUUUGUAAUCAAUGUUUUGUAAUAUGUAUGUAAAGAAGAAGAGAGCACUAUGUAUUUGGUUUUUUGAUGAUCUUUUGAAUUUUGCAUAUUA